UAUAAAAGCUCCCGCAUCCUCCUCUGCCUCUGACACUCUCUGUUUGAACGAUACAGUGUCUUCUCCUCUCCUCCUCCUGUGUUUUCUCGGAAACGUUUUCCUGCAGUAGAAAUUCAAAUUCUCGUCUAUGGUUCUGACUCAAGCUUCCAAAAUGUCCCGGACCGAAGAGGUGCACCGUAUAACGGAGAACGUCUAUAAGUCCAUCAUGGAGCAGUUCAACCCUUGCUUAAGGAACUUUGUUGCCAUGGGGAAGACUUACGAGAAGGCCCUCUCCAGUGUGACAUUUGCAGCAAAAGGCUACUUCGACGCACUGGUGCGGAUGGGAGAGCUGGCCAGCGAGAGUCACGGCUCUAAGGAUCUUGAAGAGGCAGCAUGGGAUGUGCUUUUUCAGAUGGCGGAGGUUCACAGACAGAUCCAGAUGCAGCUAGAGGACAUGCUGAAAUCAUUCCACAAUGAACUGCUCACAGAACUGGAGAAAAAAGUGGAAUUGGAUGUUCGCUACUUAAAUGCAGCUCUGAAGAAAUAUCAGAUGGAACACAAAAGCAAAGGAGAGAGUCUGGAGAAGUGCCAGGCCGAACUGAAGAAACUGCGCAGGAAGAGUCAGGGCAGCAAGAACCCCUCCAAAUAUGGAGACAAGGAGAUGCAGUACGUCGAGACCAUCAGCAGCAAACAAAAUGAGCUGGAUAACUACAUCUCUGAGAGCUACAAGAAUGCCCUGUCCGAAGAGAGACGGAGGUAUUGCUUCCUUGUUGACCGUCAGUGUGCAGUGGCCAAAACGAGCAACACCUACUACACCAAGGGCAGAGACUUGCUGACGCAAAAGAUACCAUUGUGGCAACAAGCAUGUGCCGACCCAAAUAAACUCCCAGAGCGGGCGAUGCUUCUGGCUCAGCAAAUGGGCUCAGGAGUGACAGGGCCGCUGGGUCCCAGUGUCCACCACACCUCUAAAUCUAGCCUGACCAUCUCAGACCCCAUCCCUGGGGCCAAGCCACUUCCUGUGCCCCCUGAGCUCGCAGUUCUCAUGGGGAACCAACAGAUGAGGAUGAUGGGAGCAGAUAGUGUUCCCAUGGUGAAUGGCUCAGGGGUCCAUGUGGGAGAAGACUACCAACGCUGGAUGGAGACCAGAGCCGCACAUGAGAAACCAGCCCACAGACACGGCGGAGAGACCUUCUCCAACACCCUGCCUGUCCGCAAGGUUGUGCCUGUAAAGCCCAAGAACACUCUGGGUAAGUUAAAGGAAUAGUUCACCUAAAAAUGAAAAUUCUUCGUGAAUUACUCACUCUCAUGUCGUUCCAAACCCGUAAGACUCUUCUCCCAUGCCGCCGGGGACAACAGCACACUCCUCAGCUUUACGGAAGGAGACGUCAUCACACUGUUAGUGCCUGAAGCCCGGGACGGCUGGCACUACGGUGAAAACGAGAAAAACAGAAUGAGAGGCUGGUUCCCGUUCUCUUAUACCCGCAUGAUUCCUGAACCAGACAGCAAUAAACUCCAUGUUAGUUUGCAGCAUAGCAGGAGCAGCAGCACAGGAAAUCUUCUGGAGAGAGACAUGGUUUUGCCAACACCUGAUUACGGCAUGCCCACACGCUUCCUCACCCAGCAGCAGAGCACACCACACAGCCGACAGAGACCAUACAGCAUGGCGAUGCCAGGAUUCUCACAACAAGGGUUGGAGGAGUACCAGUCUCGAUUCCAAACGAGAGUGACGGAUCCUUUCCAAUUCACCACCUUUGCGCUCGCAUCUCGCCAAAGACAAAGCAAUUCCAACAGCAAGCAGAAACCCAAACUCAUUAUAACCGAAGACCUUGGAUCUCGACUCCCUUAUUAGGACAUCAAUUUGGACACACAUGGACUAGAGCGACUGUACAGAACCUUCUUACAGCAAAUUACCCACAAUCCACAGUCAAAGCAACAAAACAACCAAGCUCUGAGCUUCUGAUCAUUCAAGUAUUAUUGCCACUAGUUGAUGAUCCAUAUUAAGUGGAUUUCUGUGUAUGAGUGAAAUAAACUGAAACUUUUUUUCUUUUCUUAAUAUAUAAAAUA